CUUAGUUUUAUAUUGAGACAUUACGCCAGCUGAAGGCAGAGAAUGCUUUACCCUGCCAGGACCUGAUGCAAUCCAUUCAAGCCAACAAGUUUGGAGAGAAUGUUGAGUUCAAUCAAUUCAGAACGUCGAGAUGGAGCCCAACUCACUCCAGUGGGUCGGCUCACCGUGUGGGUUACACGGACCUUAUAUUUUCUAUAAGGCUUUUCAAUUCCACCUUGAAGGCAAACCAAGAAUUUUGUCCCUUGGCGACUUUUUCUUUGUAAGAUGUACGCCAAAGGAUCCGAUUUGCAUAGCGGAGCUCCAGCUGUUGUGGGAAGAAAGGACCAGCCGGCAACUUUUAUCCAGCUCAAAACUUUAUUUCCUCCCGGAAGACACUCCCCAGGGCAGAAAUAGCGACCAUGGCGAGGAUGAGGUCAUUGCCGUCUCUGAAAAGGUGAUUGUAAAAUUAGAAGACCUGGUCAAAUGGGCACAUUCUGAUUUCUCCAAGUGGAGGUGUGGGCUCCGAGCCACACCAGUGAAAACAGAGGCUUUCGGGAGAAAUGGACAGAAGGAGGCUCUCCUCAGGUACAGGCAGUCAACCCUCAACAGUGGGCUCAACUUCAAAGACGUUCUCAAGGAGAAGGCUGAUCUUGGGGAAGAUGAGGAAGAAACCAAUGUGAUUGUUCUCAGCUACCCUCAGUACUGUCGAUACCGGUCCAUGCUUAAACGGAUCCAAGAUAAGCCAUCUUCCAUCCUCACAGACCAGUUUGCAUUAGCCCUGGGGGGCAUCGCAAUGGUCAGCAGGAACCCCCAGAUCCUGUACUGUCGGGACACCUUUGAUCACCCAACUCUCAUAGAAAACGAGAGUAUAUGCGACGAGUUUGCGCCAAAUCUUAAAGGCAGACCACGCAAAAAGAAAACAUGUCCCCAGAGAAGAGAUUCCUUCAGCGGCUCGAAGGACUCCAACAAUAACUGUGAUGGUAAAGCGAUCAACAAGGUGAAAGGUGAGGCCAGGUCAGCCUUGACCAAGCCGAAGAAUAACCAUAGCAACUGUAAAAAAGCCUCCAAUGAAGAAAAGCCAAAGCUGUCCAUUGGCGAAGAAUGUAGGGCAGACGAACAGGCCUUCUUAGUGGCACUUUAUAAAUACAUGAAAGAAAGAAAAACACCCAUAGAGCGAAUUCCCUACUUGGGUUUCAAGCAGAUUAACCUUUGGACUAUGUUUCAAGCUGCUCAAAAACUGGGAGGAUAUGAAACAAUAACAGCCCGCCGUCAAUGGAAACAUAUUUAUGACGAGUUAGGUGGUAACCCGGGGAGUACCAGUGCGGCCACCUGUACUCGCAGACACUACGAAAGGUUAAUCCUACCGUAUGAAAGGUUUAUCAAGGGAGAAGAAGAUAAGCCUUUGCCGCCAAUCAAACCUCGGAAACAGGAAAACAAUUCACAGGAAAAUGAGAAUAAAACAAAAGUAUCAGGAACCAAACGCAUCAAACAUGAACUGUCCAAAAAUAAGAAAGAAAAAGAGAAUACACCAAAGCCCCAGGAUACAUCCGAGGUCUCGUCCGAGCAAGGGAAGGAAGAAGAGACAUUAAGCCAGAAAAGCAUCACAGAGCCUCUCCCUGCUCCAGAAGUAAAGAAGAAACUGGAAGGGUUCAAAGACCUUCCGGUGAGGACCCCAGUGUCCAGAGCAGACCCAGAAAAGGGCAGUGAAACUGAUCAAGGUUCCAGCUGUGAGAAGGAGGCUGAGGAAAUGGGAGACAAGGGCCCUGCCCCUAUGCUCCCAAGCCCUCCCCUGCCUCCUGAAAGAGAUUCAGCUCCUACCCCUGGGGCUGGCAAACAGCCCCUUGCCUCUCCCAGUGCCCAGAUGGACUCAAAGCAAGAAGCCAAACCCUGCUGCUUUACAGAGAGCCCUGAAAGUGACCUCCAAGAAGCACCCUUCUCCAGCAUCCCCGCCACCCAGACACCACUGGCAAGCCAGAACGAGGCAGAGGAAGACAAGCUUCCUGCCAUGGCUAAUUACAUUGCCAACUGCACUGUGAAGGUGGACCAGCUAGGCAGUGACGACAUCCAUACUGCCCUCAAACAGACCCCGAAGGUCCUUGUGGUCCAAUCAUUUGACAUGUUCAAAGACAAAGACUUGACUGGGCCCAUGAACGAGAACCACGGACUUAAUUACACACCCCUGCUUUACUCGAGGGGCAACCCUGGUAUCAUGUCCCCGUUGGCCAAGAAAAAGCUUUUGUCUCAGGUGAGUGGGGCAAGCCUCUCCAGCAGCUACCCAUAUGGCUCCCCACCGCCUUUGAUCAGCAAAAAGAAACUGAUCGCCAGGGACGAACUGUGCUCUGGUUUGUCCCAGGCCCAUCACAGCCAAAGCUCUGAUCACAUGGCCGUCAGCCGGCCAUCGGUAAUCCAACAUGUCCAGAGUUUCAAAAGCAAGGCCUCCGAGGAGAGAAAGAGCAUCAAUGACAUCUUCAAGCACGACAAACUGAGUCGAUCUGAUGCUCACCGCUGCGGUUUCUCCAAACACCAGCUCAGCACCCUGACCGACUCGUAUAUCCUAAAACAAGAGGUACAGGAGGGCAAGGACAAACUAUUAGAGAAAAGAGCAGUCUCCCAUGCUCAUGUGCCCAGUUUCCUGGCCGACUUUUACUCAUCCCCGCAUCUCCACAGCCUCUACCGCCACACAGAACACCACCUUCAUAAUGAACAGUCGUCCAAGUAUGCCUCUAGGGACAUGUACCAGGAAUCUGAAAACAGCGCUUUUCUUUCUCACAAACACCCAGAGAAAGUCCAUGUCAAUUAUCUCACCUCUCUUCAUCUGCAAGAUAAGAAAUUGGCUGCAGCGGAAGCCUCUAGAGAUGAUCAACCAACAGACCUGAGCCUUCCCAAGAACCCACAGAAACUAACCAGCAAAGUCCUGGGCCUGGCCCACUCAGCCUCAGGGUCCCAGGAGAUCAAAGGCGCCGCCUCCCAGUUCCAGGUCAUUAGCAGCCAGAGUCGAGACUGUCACCCCAAAGCCUGCCGGGUAUCGCCCAUGACCAUGUCGGCUCCUAAAAAAUACCCCGAGCCGCUUGCAAAGUCGGGAAAACCUCACCAUGUGAGACUGGAGAAUUUCAGAAAAAUGGAAGGCAUGGUCCAUCCCAUCCUACACAGGAAGAUGAGCCCUCAGAACAUUGGAGCUGCUCGCCCCAUAAAGCGCAGCCUGGAGGACUUAGAUCUUGUGAUCGCUGGGAAAAAAGCCAGGGCUGUGUCUCCCUUGGACCCAGCCAAGGAGGCUUCUGGGAAAGAAAAGGCCUCUGAACAGGAGAGCGAGGGAAGCAAAGGAGCCUACGGAGGGCAUUCUGGGGCUGCAUCGGAAGGCCACAAGCUUCCUGUCUCCUCUCCUAUCUUCCCCGGUUUGUAUUCUGGUAGCCUGUGUAACUCAGGCCUCAACUCCAGGCUCCCGGCCGGGUACUCCCACUCUCUGCAGUACUUGAAGAACCAGACGGUGCUUUCUCCUCUCAUGCAGCCCUUGGCUUUCCACUCGCUUGUGAUGCAACGAGGUAUUUUUACAUCGCCGACGAAUUCUCAGCAGCUCUACAGACACUUGGCCGCAGCGACCCCAGUAGGAAGUUCCUACGGGGACCUGUUGCACAAUAGCAUCUAUCCUUUAGCUGCUAUCAACCCUCAGGCUGCCUUCCCACCGUCUCAGCUGUCAUCUGUACACCCCAGCACAAAACUGUAAGCCUCGCAGUGCCCAGAAUCCCCAAAUGGUGGGGGUCAAAGCACCAACUCUGGAAGGCUGGCUUGCAGAGUUGAAGUCAGUAUUCCUUCUAAUCUGGUGGUACAGUUCGUCCCAGCCAUAGAGGCCUAAAGGCCAGGUGAACAUGACUACCUUUUCGGGGACAACCCUUAACCUGGCUGACCAGUUGCGACCUCCCUUCCAACACAGAUGGCCUAGGGCCUCCAGGUCAUUUCCUUUUCAUAUUGGUUUUUGUGAAGGGUAUCUGUGUCUAUCCCAGAAGAACUCAGAGAAACCCUCUGAGGUUGGAUGGUAGGAAAGCUAUCUGGACAAAACAGUGGGGGGCAGGAUUUUCAAAGGAUAGGGUGAGAAAGACUGGCGAAGUGAUAGCCAGGGGAUGCCCCUCUUUUUCAUAAAACUCACCAAGUUCAAUCAAUGCAAUGUAUAGUAAAACUUAAAGAGACCUUUCAUUCUUGACACUAUUAAACAAUCCAGAGAAGAAAACACUGUUAAACUGUAUAUAUUCGCUUCUUAAAGCUACCCGUAUCACUGUUCACUCACCUAAUUUAUAUACAGAUAGUUGUUUUCUCCUGGUUCUUUCUUGUUCCUGCCCUGCGGUAUUUUUUUUUGGGGGGGGUUGUUUAUCUGUUUGUUUGUUUGUUUGUUUUUUUAAUUAAACAGUAUCCCUUCUAUUUGCAGGUCUUCUGUUUUUGUUUUGAUUUUUUUUGUUUUGUUUUGUUCUGUUUGCAAGGCUGACUGACUCUCCUAGUUGUUGAUGUGUAUUUUAUCAAUCCCCAGCCCCAUCUUCUUUUGAGCAGCUUUGGGUGGUCAAGUUAUUGUUUACAAAUUGAAGCAACUGAUUUUAGUGGAACAGACUGAAAAAAAAAAAAAAAAAACCCGUGGAGAACAUGAGCUAACAGAAAGCCUGUGCCUUUGCGGGUCUGCACCUGGAGGGUUCCGUUCCUCUUAAGUGGCAUAGUUGAGAGACCUUAGACACUGCCUCUCCAGCCAAUUGCUUUGCUUUGAAGUAUUGGAUUAUGUGAAAAUAUUAGGCAUUGUACUCACCUUAUCUAGGCUGUGAACCUGUCCUACAUACCAGAGAAAUCAUAAAACAAAAACCUUGUUGGCAAAAAGCCACUGGAUGACAGUCCAGAGGACACAUCUGUGGGCUGUGCAGAUGUUUUAGGACUCUUAGAACUUAAGACAAGAGCCAGGGUGACUCAUGCUGGUGUUGGAACUGCACCUUUUCAGUGGUCUGGAAAAGGGGAAAGGAUGGUGUGUGACUGUCCAGCAGAGGGAAAGCUACUCAAGGUCUGACCGCUGAACGUCCCAGCCAGGCCUUGGCCCAUUGAGUGACAGAGUUAUUGUCACCAUCAGCUGGCUUCUUGAGUUUCCUAGCAAGAUUCUCCCCAAGGUGGUAGUACCUUUAAGGAGUAAUGGGAUGCUCUGUUUCAAGAGAAAGCCAUCCUCCUUGGGUUCCCUAAGGGUGGGUUUGAUGAGGAUGUGUACGUGUAAGGUGGUUUAUAUCAAGUUUUUCAUCAUGUGGCCAUACUAUCCACUUUGGGUGGUUUUUUUGUUUGUUUGGUUUUUUUUUUUUUUUUUUUUUUUUUUUUGACUGUCACUCUUGACACUUGAUUCCAUAUUCCAUUUGCUCCCAAGGCACCACAUUUUCUAAGUGCAGCAAGUGGAUCUGUAGAGUGGAUUCUCUUUCCUGACUCCACCCAACCCUGUCAUACGCUGCUUUGAGAAGUUCCCCAGCCCACUGCCCUCCUCUCCCCCAACACUACCAGUAGACUCUAUUACCACAGUUAACCAAGUCCUUUGAUUUUUACCUCUGACAUAUUUAAGUCUAUGAAACUUGAUGACAGUUUUCAACAUCUCUGAAUAGGUAACUCAACUACAAAAAUAAUCAAAACCAGUGACCGUGAAAUGCCGGUCCUUAUGCAAAGCCAUGCAUGCCACUCAUUUGUAUUGAAAUGUCCUCAUGAUAUGAAGCCAAAUAGUCCAUGUAGUAACAUGCUAUCCAAAGGUGGAAACAAAAGAAUGUAGCGACCCAGUGUUAAGAGUUCCAUUCGCUUCAAUUAAUUAUUUACCUUCCUGUGGAAUAAUAUAUAUAUAUUAUAUAUUUAAUAGGACCAUAGAUAGACUAGUAUAACUUAGAUCAUAAAUGUGUACAUGCAGAUUAUUCUGCUGUUGCACAAGAAAGGGUGUGUGUGUGUGUGGCAGGGGUGGGUCUCAAUUUCAGCCAGCAUGAUGCUGGCCAGGACACAGUACGAGAAAGUUGCACUAGAUUGAAUGGUCACAGAAUCAGAAGAGGAGAAAAGGGAUUCUGCAGCAGACAUGGGCUGGAUCCAUAUGUGGUUCCUGUGAACUUGUUUUGUGAAGAAAAUGGGGAUGUCUGUGUCUCACACACACACACACACACACACACCCUAAGAGCUUAACCAUUUGCAAAUGGGGCGAUUGUUUUCCUCAGUGUGGUGAGUUGAGAUGUGUUCAUCAUGUAGGAAUUCGAUCACACCAUUUUCAAACAAUGUCAACAUAGUCCAGCUAUUGUUUUUCUCAUUUCUUCGGAGAGGAGACUCACUGUUUCUGUUGAAGGAAGCUCAGACCCUCAGCACAACAUCAGGCAAAUGCAAAGAACAGAAGCGGCAUGUUAUUUAUUUUAAAACUCCAAACGGAGAACUUGGGAAUCUUUCAAAAAGACCGUUGAAUUUUUCAUUGGCUGAGAAGGAUGUUUUAAAAAGUCUUAAGUCAGGCUUUGUUUGCAUUGUUUGAGUUCAAGGGGCCUUAUUAUUGAAUGGCAUCGCACAAGCCUUUCUUUGUGCAGUCAAACCAUUGUUAUUGGUAGUUCUGUAAAGGAAACUGUGGAAUCCAAUUGGCACCAGAGUCAUAAAUCCAUUUACCAAGUGUGGCUUCCGAGAAAUGUUGAAAUUCAAAAUGCACUAAGCCCUUGAAUUAUUGGAGGUUCGUAGAUUCUAAAUGAUACUUAAAAAUAUAUCCUCUCCAUGCAAGUUCUGGCCUUACUCUUGGCAAAUUUAACUUAAAAAUAAAAUGUAAAGUAAAAAUAAACUACCAAGAUGGCCCAACUAAGCUUAAGUUUAAAGUAUUUUUCCUAGUAAGUGAUUCAAAUGUGUAGUAUUUGCCACAGGACUGAUUUAUUUCCUAGCUAGAAGCUCUGGAUUUCACUUGUUCAUCAGGGCAUAUGUUGAAGGGUUUGUCAAGACUCUGUGUUGACGUCACAGCUUUGCAGCCUGGUGCAUGAAUCCUCAAGUACUGUAUUUCCCUGUGUUGGUGUGUCUGAUGCAAAUGUCAAGGUGGUCCCACAAAUAUAUUUUAUGUAGUGUGCCUUCAAAGAGAACCAUUAUUUCUCUUCACUUCUUGUCCCACUAAGUCACAUUUGGUGGUGGUCAGCCAAGUCCCAUGUGGUCUAGUUUGACUCAUUUUCCCAGAUGAGAGAGUAACGGGAAUGAUUUUGCCCUGGUGAGACCCACACCCCUGGAGAAGUGACUUUGAGCACCUCAGCUCCAGUGUUGGCUGUUGACAUAUUUGAUAUUCUGCUUGUCUCCCCAUGGCAGAAAGAUCUCUGAAAAAAAAAAAUAGCAGCAUAAUCUCUUGGCUGUUUAUACUUUUUUAAACUUCCCUGUGUUGUAAAUAUUGUACACUUGGUGACUCCAGCUUAUGUAACCUCUAUGCUCUGUAAGGUGAUCAUUUGUAUAUAACAACCUGGCCCAGUGAUGUUAUAUAAUUUCCCAAUGGAGAGGUUAUUGAGUAACCUUUGCGUUAGUUUAAACACUACCAGAAGAAUGCUGAGCCAACUAUAAACACUCAAUUUUGUAUGUUUUCCAAAUUGUACUUAUUACUGCUUUUGAUACUGUAUUCUGUGCCAAUAGUUUCCCAAUCACAUAGCAGGCAAGAGAUAUUUUGUACUUUUUGAUCCACUGUAAUAUUUAAUAAAAAAUGUUACUAUCUGUU